GCUCAACUCUGCCAUACUGAGUGCGUUGGAACCGUUCCGUCUUUAUCGGCUCCCCUCAGUUCUCCGCCGUCCGGUCGACGACACGACUCGCACGACAAUGCUGGUGUCACUCGUUCCGAAUCAGCCCUCGGGUUUUAUUGGAAUGAGGUGAAUGUGUGUCAACCAUCCACUCCUUUCAUCCAUCCUAGUGAUGAUGCUGUGAUUUCGGCAUCGGGACGUCGCUCAAAGCUGGGACAACUAUGCAUUAGGGAACAACGCGACUCAGACACUGUCAACAUUGUCUCAGCCGAUUGCUACCCUCCCCCAUUCCCUUCACUACCUUCUGCCGGUACACGCGAGAGGGCCUCAUUCUCCUCCGAAUUCUCUGCUCCAUCUAGUUCAUCAGCUCACCGGCGUUACGAAGUUCCAUCUACGAACAGCGCUCUACCUUUGAAGGUCGAAUCAGAUGCUUGCCUUAAACCAGUUCCGGGUUUGGAUGAUCAGUUCAAGUUUGCUUCGCCGAUGCAACACUCCACUACUUCCUCCGCUCCCAGCUCCCGGACGACGGGCACCGGACGAAGUGUGAUUCAUCCAGAAACUCUGCAACAUAAAUCUCUUUCUGACGCCUGCAGACAAGAUACAGACUUUGCUCGACGUAGCAUGCAGUCCAAUAUUAAAUCCUCUUCUCCAACAGUAUUCAGAAGUAAGGACUCUUUCGAUAACUGGAGUCCGCGUUCAACUUCACCGACUGAUAAACUACACUUGCCACUUCGGCCCAAAACAUCUGCAAGCUUUCGUCUUCCAGGCGUUGGUGACGUAUGUCCAGUGGAUUCAAGCUCACUUUCCCAAGACUCCGCUACCGACUCAAGCGAUGGGGACUUACCUAAUGUGGCUGAUGUAACCCACGCAAGGUUGAUUGAUGGUGGUCAGCCUCGAUCGCAUAAGCGCCGGUUUUACUCAAGGAAACACAAUUUUUCCAUCAAAGAUGGUCAAUCACAUAUCCAAUUUCCCCUAACAAAACGGUCAGUCGACUGUUCCUCCGAAGAGGCUUCUGUUGAGGACCACAAACCUCCCCCUCCCUCGGUCUACCUUGCCAUCAACAAGAACACCCACGAUUCGAACGCACGUUCAAUUACUUCCGUUAUUGAUCCCAUAUAUCGCCAUGGAGAGUACAAACAUCCAUUCCCCGUGACCUUAAACAAAUCUCCCGACCGAAUUCAGCGUCCUCAGAGAACGACGGAACGUCGAGCCAGUACCGGCACGUUGGAUGAACAUGUUGAACAAUUUCUGGAAAUGCUGUCCAAAUCGUACGGAUUACGCGCUUCCAAGGUAGGCAAAGUGCGAGCAAGCUUGAAUCAAGUGCUGAAGAUGAUCCCCGAUGCUGUUCCCUCCGCCGACGAAUCAUCACCGGCACUUCAGAAACGUGAUUCUCACCUGUCUUUUAUUGAAAUGGGAGAUGGGGUUGCUCGAUCGUCUUCUCGAAGUCGUAGCGGCGAGCUAUUAUCCGGCCGUGGGGCCGCACACAGCUAUGGGGACACGUUCACUAAUGUCAGUCGACCGUCUCCUUUCGAUUAUGAUGGUGGUUCGUGUGAUCAUUUGGAUUUCACUACGACACCUCAAGCGUCCAGGCCUGGUGACCGCCUUCCGCCUCAGCAUCAUCAGACGCCAGUGUCGUCUUUCCACUCACGACUAGUACCAGCCCCUUUCGAGCCACAUGACGAACCGAACGAAUUCUGCAACCUAUCAACGGGCCCAGGUAACCACCGAUUGGAUUCGGAUCCACGAACUUCGGCUAGAGCCACCCAAAGAGAGCAUCGCCGUUCCUUCAAAGGCCGAUCUCAACACGAGGAUGGUCUGCCAGAUCAAAAAUAUCCUGUUUAUCAAUCAGGCCCGCAUUGCUUCACAUAUGCGCCCAAGUCAAAUCCGCACCUGGCCCCUCGUGGUCAUUCGGCUGACCCCCACCGUCUUCGUACGGAAGCGGUUGAGACCGUAGAAAACGGUGAGGAUGAAGACCCUGGCACAGAAACCACUGCCCUCCUUGAUCUUACGCAAGAGUUGCUGGGUUUACGCAGGGGACUUAAACGGACCCGACAACUCAACUCAGGUCGACUGCAAACUGCCCUGAAGCAUAUAUCCUUGUUAGAAAUGGAACUACAGCGACAGCGUUGUUUGACACACGACGCCCAAAAUGCCUGCGCGCGACAAGAAGAACGCAGUCGCUGGGAAAAACACCUAGCAUCCGUCUUAUCAGAACUCAAACAGUGCCAAGCAAAUAUUGGAACGCUCCAAGCUCAGUUAGACUCGUGGGAGGCCGAUAGAACGGAUUUCGCGCGCUCUCGGUUCCGGCUUGACAACCAGCAAAAGGAACUUGAUCGUGCUCGAUCCGCUUUGGGUCAUCAACGAAAGGAGAUUUCACGAUUGAACAGUCUUCUCAAUCAUUUAUUAGGCGUUCACCCGACUGACGCUUCUCCGGAAGAUCUGCAACAGCUGCAGACUGGGCUCGUGGAGCUUAACCGACUUGUCCAGGUGCUGCGGUCCGACCAGUCGAUUAAUUCGUCACAAGUACGGCGGGCCCAAUCAAUGCAGGCGGGUUUGACCACUGGUGCGGACCCUCAUGCCCCCUCAAAUCCACGAUAUCCACCGGUGAUAGAUGUGAUGAGGGACUUCCCCGGAUCACUAUUCUGCAAUGUUCCCGAGCAUCACAGCAUUGAAGACAGUUUGGCAACGGCGCGGCAAAGGGUGCAUGAAUUAAAGGCCUCGCAGAAAGAUAUUCAGAAGAAGCUACGACAGGCCUCAAACGUUAGGAGUAAACUAGAAAGUCAAUUAGAGGAGCAAUCGGCGGAAAUUAACCGUUUGACAACGGAAGUCUCAGUGAAGCAGAAGAAAACGUGCCAGUCAAAUGCUGAUUUAUCCUCUUUGGAAACUUCCGUUCGUGACAGACGCGACGAACUAAACAGAUUGGAAGAGAAAAUCAAGCUCUCCGAAACCCAGUUGCGCACUUCCGAGGCUCAAGCAGUUGAAGUCAGCGCGCAUCGGGAUCGACUCAACACGGAACGCGUCCAACUUACGACGGAAUUGGACGCGCUCCGUCUGGAUGCCCAACGAGCUAAAGACCAGUUGGGGCAGGCGAAAGACGCUUUGCAGCAGGCUCAGUGCGAUGUCGACUCAAUGACCACUAUGAAGCAGAAGUUCCAACUCGCACUGACUACACUAGAACAAACAGUCACCACAAAAGAAGCUGAGUUGCAAAGUCUUUCUGCUCAAGUCACUGAAGUACAAAACAAUCUGAAGCGCCUUGGAUUGGAGGUGGACGAAGGAGAACAUCGUAUUCAGUCACAACGAUUGUUGUUUUCCGAAAAUGAGACUGCUGUGUUGAAACAACAGGCGGAUUUGAGGCGCUUGGCUCAACAGAUUGAGGAAAGCCAAAGCCGAUUGAUCGCUUUGGCUCGCGAAGCCGGAGAACAACGCAGUCAGCUCGAUUUGAUCCGAUUAGAGAAGCAUCGUGAAAUUGGUAAUUCGGUUUCCAAUUCACUUGAACUGACAACAAAAACCGCUGCUCAGCAGCGCGAAUUGUUCGAAACACAGUCACUGCUUAAUUCGUGUCUGACUGAGAAGGCGCAGGUCGUGACCUCGAUUGAAGCUUUGAAAGCAGAGCGAGAUCAGUUGCACUCCGAAAUACGACAGAAACAGGAGUCGCUUGACGAGAUCACGUCGUCGUUGGAUCAAUUCAAGACGGAACUAGAGGAUCUGGCGGAUGCAAAGCGUUCAGAGGAGACUCGUUUGAAUGAUUUGUUCGCUCAACAGCGCGAGUUGGUUACUCAGUUGGACGAGUUACGCGCACAGGCUCGCGAAGAAUCCGAAAGACUUCGGGCACGUGACAGGAUUACGUCACAAAAGAGCUCAGAGGCAGAAAGCGAUCGUGUGGAAUUACAGCGUUUGGCGACCGAGCGCAAAACCGUUGAGGCUGAGCUCAGCAAAUUGCGAGAAGACCGCGAUAUGAUUGGGUCUCAUCUGGACAGGUUGAAACACAAGUUGGAUGAACUAGAAAGGAAAGAACCUGUACUAAUCGAGGCGAUCACCAAAGCCAAGUUAGAGUUGGCUCAACUUCGCACAAACACCCAGCUUGAGUCAGAGUGCCUUCGUCAGAUUCAAGAGGAUCGGGCUACCAGCCAAAAAGAGUACGACAGUCUCAAGAGGCAACUUGAAGAACAGCGCUCCGAAGUCGAGUGCAUUCAAAAGCGGAUGCAUUCCGUCAAUUUGAACCACGAAUUGAGCAGCUUUGACAUGGCCAUUCGUGCUGAGGGGACCAUCAAGCGCACUGCUGGUGUACAGUGCAUGACGGGAGAGUUUGUCUCGCAAGGCACACCUGCUCUUCCGGAUAAGGCUAGACACGGGAACAUUUGGCAAAAUGAGACGCGCUCGACCGAGUUGUGCCAUUCGGAAUCAAGCCACACCGAAUUGAAGGGUAGCUUGUCUUUGGAAACUGAUGACCACUCGAUGAAAGCUCCACGUGCUGCUCACUCAAAAACAGCAGCUCAACACGCGCCUUCUGAAGACAAAUUGGAUUCCGGGGAUGUUCGAUCGGAGCUUGCACGCACCAAAGCCGCUCUGGCUGUAUCACAGCGCAGCUGUAAACAUUUGAAGCGGCGUGCUGCUCGGGAACUGGCCGAAUUAGAACAAAUCGCAGAGGAUCAGUGUCUACGGUCCGCUGAAUUGACCGAGCAACUGGCCCUGGUCAAGCAGCAGUAUGCACAGCUAAGGCGGCAGCUACCGGCUGGUUAUCUGCCUGUAGAUUACUGGAUUGUGUCGCACGUCAGUAUUCAGAUGAGACUGAGCUCUACGCAAGUCCAUUACCGACUCCAUGCUCUUGAUUACGAGCGCUGUGUACUCCGAAGCAAAUUAGUCAAUCUGUUCGAUUACCUUUGUCCUUUUUCCGCGACUGCAGUUCUCUCGCGCAUACAUGCGCCACAUACAAAUUUGAACUAUAUUACGCUCAUCCACUCAACUAGCAAACAUGACAGUGUUCACUGGUUGCACCAAAAGAAAGUCGAAUACACAGACCUAAUUGCAUCGGCAGGUGGUCUGGUUGUGUCUACGAGUCCCGUUAGCAGGACGACUUCCCCCUACUCGCUCAAUCUCUCGCUUCGAUCCACCACCUCGGGGGGGGGGGGGGGGGCGAAACAUUUCCUAGUGAGCACCCGUGCAGAUGUGCUUGUGCACCCAAUGCCAUCUGGCUUGUGA